CCGAAACGAAUAGUCGGAUGUAAUUUGGGAUAUUUCUCUAUUAUAUUUUCAUUUAAUUUCAUGAAACGCCUAUGUUAUUUUUGCAUUGAAAACAUUGUUAACAAUGGAAGAAGAAGAUCCGGUUGUUCAAGAGAUCCCAGUGUUUCUAUCUCAGGCGUUGGCUAGUAACUUGUACAUAUAUCAGUACCCCGUGAGGCCGGCGAACAGAGAAUGGAAGGAUGUUAAUGUGGUCAAUGCAUUUAUCAAGCCUAAUAACAAACUGGUACGGUUGGAAGUUGGGCUGGACACCUACAGCGAUAAGUACUGCUCGUCCAAAGGCGAGCAGAUCGCCAUAAAUACUGAUGGCCAACAGGAAUCCAGGUACAUUAAAGACAAAGAGCGGGAGAAGGCUCAGUACUUCAACAGCGGGAUUAUGGAUAAGAUGGUAUUUGAGAGCAGCGCACCCUGCCCGGACACACAGCACUACGCAGUAGCCAUUUUACAGGACAAAGAGCUGCACUGCACACCAAUUAAAGGGAUUGUGCAAAUGAGACCAUCUUGCUCUUAUUACGAUAAGCAAGACAAGCGGAAGAAUGAUAAAAACAAGGCUGAAAACUCUGAUGAUGAAGAAAAAGAACCGGAAGCUCAACAGGUAACAGUAAAAUUCGCCCGGCAAGAAACGGAUGUUGCAAAGAAGGCCCGGGAGAAAUCUUACGAGUCCGUAUCUCAGCGUAUCGCCGAGGAGCCCUGGUACCACGCGCUAUGGAAGCAUGCGGACACGGACUAUGCAGAUCUGGAGCGCCUGAAGUUGUUCAGCGCGGCCACGGGCCAGGGCUCGGCGCUGGCGCUCCGCGCGCGCGAGUACGUGCGCGCGCUGGUGCCGCCGCCGCCGCCCGACGAGGCCCAAGCGGCCCCCAAGCGACCGGACCCGGUCGAGCAGCUUACUGACAUACUUAACAACGCCAAACUCAUGACGUUUGACGACCUCCGCUCGCUGAUCCGCACCGAAUCCGGGCCGCUCAGUGAAUCGGCCCUACUCUCCCUGCUCAGCGGGCACGCGUGCUGCGUCCGCGGGCUGUGGACCGCGCGGUCCGCGGCCCUCGGCGCCGGGGCCACGGCGGCGUUGUGGCGCGCUGCGAGGGACCAUGUGCUUUACCUGUUCACCCAACACUCCUACAUCGACCGGCGGAAGGUAGCGGCAUCCGUCCGCCUCCCGCCACAAGACGUACUCGCCAUCAUCCGCUCCGUCGCCAAGUUCAACCCCAAGACCGGCUGGGAACUCCUCAUCCCCCCCGACUCGGCCUUCGAGGCCAAACACCCCGAACUCAUCCAACGACAAAACCUCUACUGGGAAGCCAGGCAAAGAUUAUUCAACGAGAUGCUCAUAGGAGAAACGGUCCCCAAGCGACAGCGGAAGAAAUCACAAAGAGACUCCAUCAGCUCCGAUAUCAUGAGCCCGAAAGCCAGGGCCAAUAGUGUAAGCGAAGAAGACAGUGGAAAGAGAAAGAAGUCUGUGACCGGUGGGAAACGGACUAGGAAUGUGAGUUCUAGUAGUGUGCAGGAUACGUGAUUGUGUGUGUAGAUAGGUUAUCAAAUUGUGUGGUGACGCGUUGUUUAAAGCUGAUGGAGCUGGGCUGGAUGCUUUAAAGAGGUAUGGAAUAUACAAGUAUUUAAAAGUACAGUAGGUCGCCAUAACCAUUGGCUACAGUUGCAUUGUUAGUGUAGUUUUAGUUGACAAUAUAACGACUGAGAAAUGUACCAUGCGCAAAAUGGUC